AGAGACGAAUUAGCGAAUGGAAGCAACACUCGUUGUGGAUACCCUGGUUUUGAACUUUCCUGCAACAAAAGCAGAACGAUGCUUCAUCUCCCACACGCUGGAGACUUCCUGGUGGAUUUAAUCUCCUAUGAAGAACAAAAGCUUUGGAUCAGAGACCCCGAUGAUUGCCUCCCCAGACGAUUCAUGAACAAAGAAUUCAACUUCACAGAUUCCACCUUCCAACUCAGCGAUGAUUAUAGCCUUAUGGACUUCACCUUUUUCAACUGCUCCUCCAACGUCACCUGGCAGUACCGACUUCGACCCAUCCCUUGCUUAAGCUCUGACCUCAACCAGAACUAUUCGGUGGUCGCUGUUUGGUCAGAUCCUCCCUUUCCUACGCCAGGGGUCGAGUGGUGUGAGCCCAUUUCCUCUGUUACAGUUCCCUUUUCUAUCACCAAUACACUAUACUCGGUGGACCGGAACGCUCAUAUAGGUUUGCAAUGGAACACUCCAAGCUGUGGAGCCUGUGUGGCGAAGAAUGGACGGUGUGAGUUCUUGAAGAAUACAGGUCUUGAAGUCGCUUGCUAUUUACCACACCAAGGUGGUCUUUCAAAGUUUGCCAGCUAUGGAUUAGGCUUUGGAGUGGGAAUUCCUGGGUUGCUCAGUGUGAUCGGAAUCGUGUACAUGUGUAAAGGGAGGCGAAGAAGGAACGAAGAUGGAAGGCAAAGCAGAAAUAUUGAACUGAAUAAUGUCGCAGGGUGGUCGUCUAUAGUAGUUAUGGGGCUUGAUGGAGAAAGCAUAGACAAGUAUCCGAUGACCCGGAUUGGGGAUAGUGGACGAUUGCCCGACCCGAACAACAACGUUUGCUCUAUAUGCCUCAGUGAUUACCAACCCCAAGACAGUUUGAGGACAAUCCCAGAUUGCAAUCAUUACUUUCACGCCAAUUGUAUAGAUUCAUGGCUCCGCAUGAACGCUACUUGUCCCUUGUGUCGAAAAUUACCCCACCACUCGUAAUUAUAUUCCUCUUUGCCUCUCUUGUUCUUGGCAUUUCACAGUUGCUUAUGGUUCAUUUUUUGUGUUUAAUUUGUAGCUAGGAAAUUGGUUUUGGGCUUGUGGUAUUGAAUUGUAAAGUGAAAAGCAUAUAUCUGAUGCAGAAGGGUUCUGUAUCAGAAGCAAUUCAUCCACAUCACUACUGAACUGUUGAUUGUCAAUGCCCUAUAGUUGCAUCGUUAAUUUAUUAAUUAUGUCUUAUCAGGAAAUAA